CACCUUAUGGUCAUCAUCAUCACUGUCACAGCACACAGCAACCAGAGGAACAUGAGGAACACAGUGCCUCUGAGAGCAGCAGUGUUCGCCAUCACAUUCAUGAGCAUUAUAACCAUCAUGACUCGCAAAGCAAUCAUCGUCUUUGCUCUGCACACCAUCAACAUCAGGAUAGACAUCAGGCUAAACGGUGCACAGAGAAAAAGAAAUGCCACUCUAAAACUUCUGACAUUUCUUCAAACUCCUCUGGGUCUUCCGCUAGUUCCUCAUCUUCAGUCUCAUUGAGCUCAUCCAGUUCUGAUUCCUUAUCGUCAUCCUCAUCUUCAUCCUCUAAUUCCUCUUCUUCCUCUAAAUCAUAUUCUUCCAGUUCUAGCUUUUCCUCUUCCUCUGGUUCAUCUUCAUCUGGGUCAUUUGAAACCAGUCUCGAAAAUGUCCCUGCUGCCUCCCAGUCCAGGCAAUGUAUUCAACGGCCACAGCACACACAGUCAUGUAUGGAUAUCCCCAGAGAAAGGAAAGCUUUUGAGGAUGAUGAAGAUGAGGUAGACAGUAUGCCAUUAUUAGAAUCUGACGGUCAUUUACAGAAAUCCACAGGCAUGGACAAGAAUUUGGCUGGCAAAGAAAAAAGUGGUGGUUCUGCAAGGAAAGCAAAACAUUCUCACCAGCAAUGUGAAAAGGGUGUUCAAAAGCAACAAAAUCGUGUUAAAGGGCGGGUAAUGGCUGCAAACAUUAGAAAGACCAAGUCUAUGGAAGUUCUGUCCAGACAGACAGAUCAUUCCGGGGUGGGAGCCUUGAAUGAGCAAGAGGUGGAGAAAAAGAAAAAAGAGGCCCAUACAAACUUUAUGAAGGAAAAGAUGAAGUUUUCUGCCUUUUUAAAUGAAAUCACAAGGCAAGUGCUAAGCCCAUCAAGACUUACAUCCCUUGGGGUAACAAAUGUUCACAGGCCAUCCAGCUCUGGGCAGACCUCAGGAAAAUCUCCAAAGCCUGAAAACAAACAAGACAGGAAAUCAAAAAGCACCACAAGCCGACGAGGAAGCGGUGCCAGUUCUGUUACAUCGACUGCACAUUCCCAUAUCAGCAAGCACUCCCAUUCCAGUAAGCGCUCUCACUCCCAUAAGCACUCGCAUUGCAGACGGCCCUCACAUUCCAGCAAGACUUCCCGCUCACACAAGCGGUCUCAUUCUGCAAAGGACUUUGUCAUUGAACAACAGCACCAGGCUGUCCCAAAGCUUGACCAGAACAGUGCUACAAGCAAUAGCGCUUCCUCAAGAAGUCUUUCAUCUGGGACAGAGCAAGUUCACAUGAGUCAGAAGAAGAAACACAUUACACCCAGUGAACAACAUUUUCACUCAUCAGCUCAUAGACAUUCGCAUCAUGCACGCCUUCCAUCACACCACUUUUGCAAUGAAGAUUCUCAUAGUCCACCUUCACGUCCUUGUUCUCCAGAAUCAGAAAAUGCCCAUCAUCAUUUCCAUUCAGAAUCUCACCAACAACACACCCAUCAUGAAUCACAUCACCAUCAUUCACCAUCAUCUCAUCGCCACCAUGGAACUUUUCGUAGCCCAUCUCCACCCCAUCAUUCUCUUCAUUCAGAUUCCCAUCAACAUUCCACUCCUCCAUCAAAUCAUCAUCAUGGAACUUAUCGUAGCCCAUCUCCACCCCAUCAUUCCCUUCAUUCAGAUUCCCAUCAACAUUCCCCCCUUCUGUCACAUCAUCAUCGUGGAGGCCACUGCAGCUCAUCUCCACACCAUCAUUCCCUUCAUUCAGAUUCCCAUCAACAUUCCACUCCUCCAUCACAUCAUCAUCAUGGAACUCAUCGUAGCCCAUCUCCACACCAUCAUUCCCUUCAUUCAGAUUCCCAUCAACAUUCCACUCCUCCAUCACAUCAUCAUCAUGGAACUCACCGCAGCCCAUCUCCAAACCAUCACCCAGGGACCCACCAUCAUCCUUCCCAUUCAGAUUCAUCCCAUCACCAUCACCAUAGAGAUCACAACACAUCACAUCCUCACCACCAUUUUACCCAUUCAGAAACUUCCCACCCAGAAUCUCACCAAAAUUUCUCACCACCCCCAUCACCCAACCAAUGUGAAAAACAUGGCAUCAGAUCUCAUCAUUCUUCCCACUCAGAAACUCACCAUCAUCAAUCCUGUAUAAAACAGUAUCAUUAUCAUUCUGACAGUGAAUCCUCUCAUCCUACACCCAGCCAACACUAUCAAUUCCAUAAUGAAAAUUCUCACCUUCAUCAUUCCCAUCCAGAAUCUUCUCAUAAUCACUCAUUCAACCUUGAUUACCACCAUCACACUUCACUUUCAGAACAGCAGCACCAUCAUUUUCAUAAUAACUCCCACAGUGAAACACGCCAACUCUCUGAGUCUCAUGACCCUACACCAGAUUAUCAUUUAUCGCAGACUGACACAUACCAUCAUCGUCAUCACCAUCACAAGUCUGAGAGUUAUCCAAAAAGCUAUGCUAACACACAAACACCCCAUAAUAAAGAAAUUCACUGUAUUUUACACCCAGAUUCCCAAGAUCACAGCCCAUCACAUUCCAAAGGACACAGCCACCCUCACCAAACCCAUGCAGAAUCCCACCACAAUUCUGACCCACAGUCCCAUCACAAAAAUAAUUCUGACCACCCAGAGUCUUAUCAUUGUCACCACCACUCCCAUUUUGAACCACGACAACACAAUGAUCACGAGCCCCUGGAAUCUAACCAUUUCCACUCAGAAUUUCAUGAUGAUCACUGUGUUGAAUCUGGUCAUCACCAUCUUCACAAGCCUCAAGAUACACAUCAUCAUUGCCCUUCAGAUUUCCAUCACCAUUUAAAUUCAGAAUCUAAUCUUUCUCACCGCCAUUCCCCAAAUCAACAUUGUGACAAUGAUGAUCCUGAUACCCAUAGUCAGUUUUCCCAUUCAGUUCACCACUCAGAUUCUGAAUUGAACCACUGUCAUUCCCAUUUUAAAGAAGAAAAUCACAACAACGAUCACCCAACCCCUCUUCGUCACUCUCCAGUUGGCCAGCGGUCUACUUCUCCACAUUCUAAUGAGUCGGAUUCAUCUGAUAGUUCCAUUCCUCAUGGUGACCCAUCCACAGUGAACUUUCAAGGAUCAUCCUCUUUCCCAAAGAAAAAGGAUUCAGAACUGGAGAGGUUAAUGAUGCUACAGGAACAGAAUGAGGUUCUCCACCAUAGCUUGCUGAAGACCACUAUGAAAAUGGAAUGUAUGGGAGCUGAGUUCAAAACUGGCCAUCAGCUCCUUGAAUAUGAGUUACAAAGAACACGCAUAGAACUUACCAGCUUAAUGGACCGGUUUACUAGACUUCAAGAUAACUGCUCCUGCACGCAACAAACCAACCAUCUUCUGGAGAACAAAUUGCAUUGUGUGGCACAAAGUAUGGAUGGAGAGCGUGAAAGACUGAACCAGCGACUCUCAGAGCUUACAGAACAGCUGUCUGCUGCAAAGACAACCAUCCAAAGUCUAGAGACUAUUAAUGUGACUUCAAUGCUACAGGAUGCCCUGGUGAAACAUUUGAAGUCUGAUGCUCCUAUAACUCCACUACCAGCUGCACACCCACCUGCUCAAUUCAUGGAUAAUGACCAUUAUGAAAAAAUCUCAAUGACAGCGGAUGACCAAACAUUGGGCACACUUCCAGAGGAGGAGGAAUCUGAUUGGUCAGAAAUGGGGGAGGAAGCACAGAACAAUUUACCGAGGGGCUCACAUGGAAUUCAUGAAAAUGCAUCUUACAUGCAGUGGGAGCAGAGGCAAAGCUGCUGGGAGGGGACCCAUCAGUAUGAGAAGGGGAAUGGUGACACAGAUAGUGAAUCUGGUGGCGAGGACAACAAAGAUCACAAUCCUUCACAUCCCCUGCGGAUACCACAUCUCAAGUUUACUGUUCACCCCGAAACCCUACCAGUUCCUGUUGCAGACGUCAGCCUAGCCCGCUUUAAGCAGAGCCCAGAUGGCCCAGCUUCGGAGGUCUACCAGAUUGUAGAUGUGUGUAAUCUAGGCUCCCCCAUUCGCGUCCUUUCUGCUAGUCUAGAAGAGAUUCAUUCGAUAGGAUUACUAAAGCAGCAGCAUCAAGAAGAUCAUCAUGGUCAGCUGAGGAGCAAUAAAUCCUUGAUGGACCUCCACCAAUCACAAUUUUUUGGCGGUGUGCGAACCAACUUCGUGUGCUUCUUCCGCUUUACGAGACUGUUGGUGAUCAACCCCCCAGAUGGCAGAAAGUUAGCCCCUCCCAUUGAUUUACUGUACUGUCAGCCACGAUAUGCUACUAGAAGGCGCCCCAACACCGUAUCGCUGCCUCGACGGCCACGACUCCCGGUGUUCCUCGUCUGUUCGGGGAUUGCUCUUCUCACCUCAGAACUCCUGGCAUUGCUGCUGCUUCUCUCGCCUCAGCAGGAUCGCAGCCACCUUCCUUCCCGUGGCGCGUGUGCACCGCUCGCAUCGGGCGGAUGCAACGUCUCUCAGAGAGAAUUAUUCUCGGAGGCGUGAA